AUGGAAAAUCUUGGCCAUACUAAUGAUUCAUCAACGGCACCUGUUUCGAAUUUUGCUAUAGGAAGUGCACUUUUGGGCAUUGGAAUUUUAAUAUUCUCCUUUUUCUAUCUAUUUGUCAAACAAAAAGGAAAAUCAACUACAGAAGAAUCAGAUCAAAAGCCAAAUGCACCAGAUCACAAGCCAUCUCAACCAACUCUUAUUCCGCAAUCCAAAAUUGUAAAACCAGAUACAUUUAAAUUUACGCACCCUUGGCUUUGUGCUUCGCUUCGUGGACACGCAAAAGAUGUGACUGGUCUGGAUUUCAGUCAUAAUGAUAAAUAUUUGGCAUCAACUGGAAGAGACGAAAAGGUUUUUCUUUGGCAAGUGAAGGAAUUUGAGUCUAGAGACCACAGAAAUACUCAGUGUAAUGUUGAACUUGGUGGAGCCUUAAACGUUAAAUUCAGUCCAGACGGGAGAGCAUUUCUUAUUAAUUUAAUCAAUGAAAAUAUAAUACGUGCAUACAAAUUUGCAAAACGUGAUGAUGGUUUACCAAAAGAUAUAAAACAGGUGUUAGACUUUAGCAAAAAGCACGAGCGUGAGAUUAUUGCCAUUGGUAUUGCUUCGAGUGGCAAGUUUAUUAUGUCGGCGUCGGCUGAUACGAAGAUCAUUAUAUGGGAUACGAAAGGUGAAGUUUUAAGCUCAUUAGAAACUCAUCAGGGACAUUUAAAUCAUGCCUCUGUAUCACCAUGUGGUCGAUUUUUUGGCAGUAGUGGAUUCACGCCAGAUGCUCGUUUUUUUGAAGUAUGUUUUGAUAAAACAACAGGAAAUUUUAAAGAAGUUCGAAAAGCAUUCGACUUGAAAGGGCACAAUGCAUCAGUGUUAUAUUUUAGUUUAAACAAAGAUUCAACAAGAGCAGCAACUUUAUCCAAAGAUAAAACAUGGAAAUUGUAUAAUACGGAUGUUGAUUAUGUCCAUAAACAAGAUGCAAAAUGUUUGUACACUGGUACAUUUGAUAAAAUCAAUAUGAUCAAAACUGGUCUGAUUGCAUUAUCACCUGACGCCUUAUCGUGUGUUAUAGCAAUCGAUUCAAAUCUAUAUUUUUAUAACCUUGGAGGGACAGAAAAAAUAUGUGAACAAGAAAUUGUUGAUGUUCACUCAGAAUCAAUUUGUUCGAUGAUAUUUGACAGUACUGGAAAAUAUUUGGCCACAGCUGGUGAUAGACAAAUAAGAAUAUUUUAUAAUGUUGCAAACUUGAAAGCAAUGAUCGAUGAAUUAAGUGAAAAAUCGAAAGUAACAAAACAAUUGUCGUUAAAAGAACGUAUCGAUGAACAGAUUAUGGACGCAAGAGAGCAGCUUAACAAAAUAUUAAAUCGUACUCAAUGA